AUUAAAUAAAAAAAGAGGUCGAAGAUCAUAGCAGCUCAAAGCAAAUUUUAUCAUUUUAUUUAAAGUUUAAGCUUUAAUUGCUGUGUAAAAAUUGUAACUUUCUGGUGCAAUUUCUGCUACAUACGAGUAUAAAAAUAGAGCGGCAAGCAAAAUAAAAUAUUGACCGCCACAACAUUCUUAAAGCCAAACUAAACACACAUAUUUCACACAUAGUCGAUUGCAGAAAUUAGCAAACAGGCGCACUAACAUAUGAGAAGAGAUGUUUAUCUGUAUUUGCAAAAGCAAGGAGCAAAUCUCACUAAGAACUAUACUGCUUGCGAGAGAGCAAAUCACAAAAAUAACAAUACCGCUUGUGAGAGAGCAAAGAGGAGUGUGUGCGAGAGCGCUAUUGUAUUCUACUCACAUGUACACUGACUUACCUUUGUACUGUAUAAAAGGUUAAUGUGCAGGCUUCCGCUUGCUUUUAAGGUUGGUUGCGAAUUAUUUAUGUGAAUUCAAGCAGAGCCUACCGAUACUACAUAAAUGGAAAUGUCAACCCAGCAAUGUUUAACAAGUCUGAUUUCAACCCACCCAGACUACACUUGUCUGAAUGAAAUGUUUCCUAGACUUAUAGAACUUUCUGAUCUGCCUGUGGCAGAUCCUGUUGCUGCAAAGUUUCCGUUUCUAGGAUCAGCAUGGCUAGUCACAUUUCUUCUUAUUUCCUAUCUUCUAAUUAUCUUAAAGUUGGGCAAAAAAUUUAUGGAGCACCGUAAGCCUUAUAAUAUAAAUAAUAUAUUAAUUGUCUACAAUGUGUUCCAAAUGAUUUACAAUGUUAUUUUGUUUUGCAUGAUAGUGUACUAUUGUAUAAUAAAGCCAACAUAUGAUUUCACUUGCAUGGAAACAUUGUCAUUUGACCAUCCCAGAAAGAAUAUGGAACGUGCGCUAUCAUAUGCAUUUUUCGUCAAUAAGAUUAUCGAUCUUCUGGAUACCAUAUUCUUUGUAUUGCGGAAAAGCUACAAACAGAUUACCGUGCUGCACGUUUACCAUCAUGUACUAAUGGUCUUUCUCCCAUAUUGGGUGGUUCGAUUCUAUGGAGUUGGCGCACAAUUCGUUACGACGGCAUUCCUCAAUACGUUCGUUCAUGCGGUGAUGUAUCUUUACUACAUGAUUACGGCAAUGUAUCCGGGCAUGAAGGGAAGCUUGUGGUGGAAGAAAUAUAUUACCGUACUGCAAAUAAUUCAAUUUCUUAUUGGGAUGAUCCAGUCGGCUUACAUCUUGAACUUUAAUCCAGAGUGCGAUUUUCCAAAGAUUUUUCAUGCUAUUAUAAUAAUCGGAGGCGCAAUAUUUGUUGCCAUGUUUUCCAAUUUCUACAUCAGGGCUUACAUAAUGCCUCAACGACGUAAAUUAAAGUGAUCUACACGUGAAGUAGUUAUUUUUAAAUUAUUUUCCAUCAAUCGGACUACAUUUUAAUCAAAAACUUAACAAAGAUUUAAAUACAAAUAUUAGAAAUACAUUAAAAACUUGUACAAAAUGCAAAUUAAUGUUUUUAACUGUGCUAAUCAAAUACUGUGCAAAACACAAAUUUUGUAAGAAAUUUUCAAUGUUAAACUAAAAAUAAA